AUGGCUAACCGUACCGUAAAGGACGCGAAAUCAAUUCGCGGUACAAAUCCCCAAUAUUUAAUAGAAAAAAUCAUAAGAUCUCGUAUAUACGACUCUAAAUACUGGAAGGAAGAAUGUUUUGCCUUAACUGCAGAGUUGCUCGUCGACAAGGCUAUGGAGCUGCGAUAUGUUGGAGGAGUGCACGGUGGUUUUAUUUAUCCAACGCCUUUUUUGUGUUUAGUUCUGAAAAUGCUACAGAUACAACCUGAGAAAGACAUCGUUGUUGAAUUUAUUAAAAACGAAGAGUUUAAAUAUGUUCGUGCGUUGGGCGCGUUCUAUAUGAGGAUAACCGGUUCAUCGCUUGAUUGCUACAAAUAUUUGGAGCCACUUUACAACGAUAAUAGGAAAUUAAGGCGCCAAAACCGCGAGGGUCAAUUUGAAAUAGUUCACGUAGAUGAGUUUAUUGACGAAUUGCUUCGGGAGGAACGUCUAUGUGAUGUGAUUUUACCAAGAAUACAGAAACGGCAUAUAUUAGAGGAAAACAAUGAAUUAGAACCUAAGAUAUCCGCUCUUGAUGACGAUUUGGACGAAGAGAUGCCAUCAGACGAGGAGCCUGUGGAUGUUGAAGCCAAAGAAAAUAAAAGGGAUAAAGAUAGGCGGGACAGAGAUAGAAGAAGAGACAGGUCUCGUGAUCGCGAUCGUCGUGAUAAAGAUCGCAAAAGGGAUCGUUCUAGAAGUAGAGAGAGAGAACGGAGGCGAGAACGAGAGAGAGAAAGAGAUAGAGAACGCGAAAGAGAGAGAGAACGUGCUCGAGAUCGAGACAGAGAAAAGGAUAGAAGAGAUCGUCACGACACAGACAGAAGGAGAGAUAGAGGGAGAUAUUAG